AUGAAAGAGUCAACCGACGACCCAAAGAAAAUGACACAGUCCCAUUACUCUCUUCGAUGGAACAACCAUCAGACCCACAUACUGUCGGCAUUCGAGGCUCUGUUACAGGCUGAAACUUUGGUAGACGUCACUUUGGUAUGUGCGGAAACGUCAGUUCGGGCCCACAAGGUCGUCCUGAGCGCUUGCUCGCCGUUUUUUCAGCGAAUAUUUUCGGAAAACCCUUGCAAACACCCGGUUAUCGUUUUGAAGGACUUCAACGGGUGGGAGGUACAGGCUAUUGUGGAUUUUAUGUACAAGGGAGAAAUAUCUGUGAUCCAAGAACAGUUACAAAGUUUGAUCAAGGCUGCCGAGAGUCUGCAGGUUCGAGGUCUAGCCACCCAGGACCCGUUCGAUAAGGAAAGUACUUCGAUAAUUAAUCAGACACCAACUCCGUCUGCUUCGCCAAAUGAUUUUGAUCGGAACUACUACAGUAAUACCAGAUUUCCAAAUACAGGGGUAGCCCCCAAAACCCCCUCGGAACAAACCUCACCGUUUUCUCCGUCUUCAGCGCAAAACAACUUCGAAACCCCAAUAAAACUGCCACACAUGCCGCGUCUUUCCUUUCCAGAUACUCUCCUGCCGAGGCCAGAAUGUCAGUCGCCGAUACCGAGAAGAAAACAAGCCAGACCGCGAAGGCGGUCAGGAGAGAUGUGUGGCCCUCAAGACCUGUCCAUUCCACCCCCAAAAUCUGAGUCCCCAGCCGAAGAGACUGCUGAGAACUUAUGUAUAAAGAAGCAAAUAAAAGAACAAAAACGAGAAAUCAAAGAAGAGAAAUCAAGGACGCCGGAAAUGAGUAUAGGAAGUCCGGAAAUGGACUUGAGCCUGCCCAGCACCAAGGACUUUAGAACUUCUCCCAUUAGUAUGCAUCCGAUCCUCAGUCUCAAGCAAGAAAUUGAUAGUCACUCACCGCUACCCUUUCCGCCCAUGCCGUCGGUUUCUGCCUUGACCAUGACACCGCCCCAUAGUAAAUUUUUUGGUCUGGAUUCUCCCCUCGGACUAUUUCCCCCAGGACUUGAGGGAUGUAGGAAUCCUUUAUUUGACAUGCCAGAUCCGAGGACGACACCUGAUUCCCAAAUGUUCGUUAAAAAGAAAAGAAAAAGCCUUAAACUUGAGCAACUGCGAAAAGACUGCAUCGGGGGUCCAAAUGCUGCCAUGGACAUCCUCAACCUUGGAAGCAACACCAACACCAACAAUCCUUGCAAGCCUGAGAGAGAGCCUGAACCGAUCCAGCCCAAUACGAGGCCAUCGAGCACGGAAGACCAACACCCCCAGCACUCGAUGUUCAACCCUUUCACUCACAGCUUUUACCCAGACUUCGGGUCCGCGUUUCCCAUACCAGUGAGCAUGAUCCAUUUGCUGCCUCAAAGCGAAAAGAGUAGGGAGCAGUUUUCACAGCAGCAACAAAUGGAGGACGAUAGUAAAGAGCGGGCGAAAGACGUGAGUGACGAGAUGCAGCCCGAUUUAUUCCGACCACCGGCGCUAUCUGUCGAGGAUAGACGCGAACUAGUACAACAGAAUGGGCAAGAUUAA